AUGGAUGAGAGCGAAGCUGACGAAGAUAGUCGUAAGCUAGUCGUAGCCAAGGAAACCCACCACACCGAUGGCGCGAAACCUAACCAGGAAGAUUCAGAAAAACAGGAAAAACAGGAAGAGAAGAAUCUUCCAGGAGACUCAAGCGAGGAAAGUGAUUCAGAAGCCGUACGAAAGGUUCACUUCUGGGAGCUCUUCAAGUUCGCGGACGGGUGGGACGUGCUGCUCAUGCUGUGCGGGUCCACGGCCGCCAUCGGGCUGGGCGUCGCGUUUCCGCUCAUCUCGCUGCUGUUUGGCGACCUUACGGACGCGUUCGGGCAGAACUCCGCCGACCCCUCCGCGCUGCUCGUCGCUGUCACUGACGUAUCCAUUAAGUUUGUAUACCUGGCUAUCGGCGCAGGUGUUGCUGGGUACAUUGAGAUGGCGUGUUGGAUGACGACGGGCGAGCGGCAGGCGGCGCGGGUGCGGCGGCGGUACCUGGCGGCGGUGCUGCGGCAGGACAUGGCGUACUUCGACCGGCGGCUGAGCACGGGCGAGGUCAUCGGGCACAUGUCGGGCGACAUCGUGCUCGUGCAGGACGCCAUGGGCGAGAAGGGGGGCAAGGGGGAGGGGAGGGGGGAGAUUGCGCGCACAGGGGGCAUGGGCAUGGGGUGGGAAGAAGGUGCGCGCACAGGGCAAGGAGGGGGAGGUGCACGCGCAGUGGCAGGGAGGGGGAGUUGCACGCACAGUGGCAGCGGGGAGGAGGUGACCGCAGGUGGGCAGAGGGAGGAGGGAGGGCGCAUGAUGCCAUGUGGGAGAAGGGAAGGCGGAUGUGGUCCCGGCGAGCUCGUCCCAGCACUACAUGGCGCAGCUGGGCAGGAGCGUCACCAUGUCAUCACGUUCCUUCCUGCCCCGUCAAAGACACCUUCCCUGUCUGCCCCCUUCUUCCGCCCUCCACCCCUCCCAGUGGGCUCGUUCCUGCGCUACAUGGCGCAGUUCGCGGGCGGGUUCAUCAUCGCGUUCCUGGCGGGGUGGCAGCUGGCGCUGCUCAUGCUCGCCACGCUGCCUCUGCUCGCAGGGGCGGGCGCCAUGAUGGCGCUCAUGAUCUCCAUCUCCUCCUCCAAAGGGCAGAUCGCGUACGGCGCUGCUGGAGUGAUCGUGGAGGAGUGUGUCUCUGCAAUUCGCACGGUCCCAUCAGGUCCCAUCAACUACGAGCUGGAUCAGGCCCCAUCAGCCCUCGGUAAGCCUCUUCGCGCGGGCGCGGGCGCCAUGAUGGCGCUCAUGAUCUCCAUCUCCUCCUCCAAGGGGCAGCUCGCGUACGGCGCUGCUGGGGUCAUUGUGGAGGAGUGUGUUUCCGCCAUUCUCACGGUGGCGGCAUUCACGGGCGAGCACAGGGCGGUGCAGCAGUACUCGUUGAAGCUCAACAGGGCGUUUCGCGAGGGCGUGAAGCAGUCAGUAGCGGCGGGGGCGGGGCUGGGCGUGACGGUGUUCAUCAUGUUCUCCUCGUACGCGCUCGCGCUGUGGUACGGCUCCAAGAUGAUCGCCGAUGCGGGCUACACGGGGGGAGACGUCUUCACCGUGGCACCAGAAGUAACAGCCUUCGCCUCAGGGCAGGCAGCGGCAGGGAAGAUCUUUGAGGUGCUGGAGAGGCAGCCCCCGAUAGACAGCAGCAGCGAGGAGGGGGAGCGCCCGGCGGCGUGCGAGGGAGCGCUGGAGCUGCGCGAGGUGACGUUUGCGUACCCGUCGCGGCCAGACGUGCCCAUAUUUCAGAGCUUCAGCCUGGAGGUGCCGGCGGGGCGGACCAUGGCGCUGGUGGGGGAGAGUGGCAGCGGCAAGUCGACGGUGGUGGCGCUGGUGGAGCGAUUCUACGACCCGCAGAGCGGAGCCGUGCUGCUGGACGGCCGCAGCAUCGCCGCUCUCAACCUGCGCUGGCUGCGCCAACACAUGGGCCUCGUCAGCCAGGAGCCAGCGCUCUUCGGCACGAGCAUCCGCCAGAACAUCGCCUAUGGCAAGGACGGCGCUACUGAUGAGGAGAUCCGAGAGGCCGCACGCCUUGCCAACAUCCACCACUUCAUCGAGUCGCUGCCCAACGUACGUGCGCCCUCUCUGCAACCCAUUAUCGCCCUCUAUCUCCCUCCGUUUCACCCCAUAUGCACCCUCUUUCGCUUGUGCGGCGUGUGGCUCUGCUCCGUACUUGCUUCUGCUGCCAUCUAUCCUUCGUCCAAUCUCCUUCCUUCCGCCCUUUGCUUCACCGUCCCCUCUUCAGGGCUACGAGACGCAGGUGGGGGAGAGGGCCUCCCAUGCCCCUCCUGGGCCCUGGCUUAUAACCCCAACCCCUGCCCCCCCUCAACCCCCCCCAUAACGCAGGGAUACGAGACGCAGGUGGGGGAGAGGGGCACGCAGCUGUCGGGGGGGCAGAAGCAGCGGGUGGCGAUCGCGAGGGCGAUUCUGCCGAAUCCGCGGGUGCUGCUGCUGGACGAGGCGACGUCCGCGUUGGACGCGGAGAGCGAGCAGGCGGUGCAGGCGGCGCUCGAUGCGCUCAUGGGCGCGCGCACCACGCUCGUGGUGGCGCACCGCCUGUCCACCGUGCGCCGCGCGCACUGCAUCGCCGUGCUGCAGCGCGGGCAGGUCGUGCAGACCGGCACCCAUGCCGCGCUGCUCGCCCAGCCGCAAGGCGCCUACGCCCAACUCGUCCGCCUGCAGCAACUCGCGGGCGAAGGAGGGGGAGAGGAGGGGAAGGGGGAAGUGGGAGGGGGUGUGGAGGGGGGUGAGAAGGGAGGUUUGAGUUUGAUUCACGCCGGUGCUGAUGCGAAGGGGGUCUCAGUUCCACAGGAAGCAGCAUCAACGGGUGAAGCAGGGGUGGAAGGAGUGCUGGCAGGUGCUGUUGGUGUAGCCACGACUGGUGACGGUGGGACGAAGGGGACGGAAGGGGGCAGGAAGGGAGGGAAGGGAGGGAAGACAGGGAACGGAGAGGUCCACAAGGGGUCCGAAGCGAAGGAAGAGGCAGGUGCGGAGGAGAAGGAGGAGGAUGAGGAGGAGAAGAAAGAGAAGAAGCACACGUCGAUCAUCCGCCUGGCGACCCUCAACAAGCCCGAGUGGCCGUACGCGCUUGUGGGCACCAUCUUCGCCGCAUGCUACGGGUUCAUCAUCCCGUUCUUCGCGCUCAUCCUCUCCAACAUCAUCACCACCUUCUACAACCCAGACAUCUCCCAGAUGCGCAGCGAUGCGGACUUCUGGGCGUCGCUCUUCGUGGUGCUGGGGGCGUCAGCGUGCGUCACCUCCUUCUUCCAGUACAUGUUCUUCGGCGUCGUGGGGAACGCGCUCAUCCGCCGCGUGCGGGUCAUGUGCUUUGCCACGGUGCUGCGGCAGGAGAUCGGUUGGUUUGACAUGGAGGAGAAUUCCAGCGGGGCUAUCGGGGCCAGGCUUGCUACUGAUGCUGCGCAAGUGCGGAACAUGGUGGGGGAUCAGCUAGCCUUGAUCGUGCAGAACACAGCAACGCUCUGCACGGGCUUGGUCAUCGCGUUUCGAGCCAACUGGCAGUUGUCGCUGCUGGUGCUCGCUCUGAUACCACUGCUGGCGAUCGCGGGGACGAUGCAGAUUCGGGCGAUUCAGGGGUUUGCAGAUGAUGCCAAGGAGCAGUUUCAGGAGGCGUCGCGGGUGGCGAACGACGCGGUGGGUGCGAUGCGCACGGUGGCGGCGUUUGGAGCGGAGCAGCGCGUACAGGAGCUGUACAACGAGCGCUGCAGCACACCCAUCCGGGCCGGCAUCCGCAAGGCCCACGUCAGCGGCGCCGGGCUGGCGUUUGGGCAGUUUGCUAUCUUUGCGGUGUAUGCGCUGUCGUUCUGGUUGGGGGGGAAGCUCGUGGAAUGGGGCUAUGCGACCUUCACUGAUGUCUUCCAGGUGUUCUUCGCCAUAGCCAUGUCAGCAAUGAGCGUGGCAAAGCAGUCCGCACUGGCCCCGGACAUGGCCACGGUUCAGACAGCAGUGAACUCCAUAUUCCGCAUUUUGGACCGCCAGUCAAAGAUUGACCCGGAGGCAGGAGGGGAGGAGCCCGAGGAGGUGCUGGGCGAGGUGCAGUUCCACGCCGUGUGCUUCGCUUACCCGGCUCGACCCAGUGUUGUUGUGCUUCAGGACUUCAACCUGGUCGUUACUGCAGGCCAGACGGUGGCGCUGGUGGGGGAGAGUGGCAGCGGCAAGUCGACGGUGGUGGCGCUGGUGGAGCGAUUCUACGACCCGCAGAGCGGAGCCGUGCUGCUGGACGGCCGCAGCAUCGCUGCUCUCAACCUGCGCUGGCUGCGCCAACACAUGGGCCUCGUCAGCCAGGAGCCAGCGCUCUUCAACAUCUCCAUCCGCGACAACAUCGCCUACGGCCGCGCCGGCAGCGGCGGCGCCAGCGGGGGGGAGAUCAGCGAGGCGGAGAUUGUGGAGGCGGCGCGGGCGGCGAAUGUGCACGGGUUCAUCUCGGGGCUGCCGCAGGGGUACGCCACGCUGGUGGGGGAGCGAGGCGUGCAGAUCUCCGGCGGGCAGAAGCAGCGCAUCGCCAUCGCUCGCGCCAUCAUUGGUGACCCGUGCCUGCUGCUGCUGGAUGAGGCCACGUCAGCUCUGGAUGCGGAGAGCGAGAAGGUGGUGCAGACAGCACUGGAAAAGACUCUACAUGUGGGUGUACAGCCACUGCAGGGGGUUGCCUCCUCCUUCCUUUCCACAGGAGCCGCUAAGCUACAUGCACAAGCCACCAAGCCACCCAUACAAGUCGCCGCCAAGCUACCCACACCACCACCCAUGCCCAAAUCCAUCUAUGCUACCACCAAAGCCGCCAGCGUUAAGAAGCCUCCACCAUCCAAAGCGCCAGCUAAGACGCCAACCAAAACACCAGCACCAGUGCUGAAGAAAAAUCCUCCGAUUCCCGUUGCGAAGCUGACUGCCGCUCCGCCAGCAAAACCACCGGCAAAGCCGCCGGUCAAGCCGCCGGCCAAGCCACCUGCCAGACCACCGCAGGUUCCGCCACCCAAGUCUCCCGUCAAGCCGGUAGUAAAGCCGCCGCCGGCUCCUCUCCGGCUGACGCCGAUUGCGGCCGUGCAGCAGCCGCCAUGGCCGUACUCCAGCAUGAAGAACAUCCCCCCUGACGUGCCGCCGCCGCCCUAUCCUCCUGCUCCUCCUGCCCGUGACUCUCUCCCGUUUCUUUCUAAAACUCGCCCGCUUCUUCCUUCCGCUUGCCCGUUCUCCCGCGCAGUGCGCGUGCCGAACGUGGGAGUGAUCACGAACAUCAUGGACGUGUGCCGCGUGUGCUCCGCGCUCCCGUACGACGGCGCGUGCUACAGCGACUACGUGUCGACGUGCGUGGCCGCCAUGAAUCAGCUGCGGCGGAACGUGUGGAAGGUGCCAGACCAAGUAUGCGACUGCUACAGCGCCAUCGCUAGCCAGAUGAUCCGCAUCUGCCCCGGGAUCGACCGCCGCGUCGCCUACUGCUUUUACGGCGCUCGCUGCACGUUCGUGCCAACCCUGUACGCGUUGCUGACGCCCCAACACGUGGUCACCACUGGCAACUCCACUGCCGCCCCGUCUGGACGCGGAGUGGCAGUACUAGACCUACAGCCCAACAUGACAGCCAUGGCUGGAGUGAACUUCCUCAUCCAGCUCUCCUCCGCACCCGCCGCCGCCUCCUCCUCCUCCACCUCCUCCUCUUCCACCGCUCCCACUGCCCCCCUCCAAAUAACGGGGGCCAGCGUGUACAAUUCGAUAAUGGGCUCCGAAGGGCCGCUGACACUCCCGCUGCUGGCGGCGCAGGCAAAUCAGACGAUGGGAUCGGACGGGACAGGGCGGGUGGAUACGGCGCUGGGGCUGCUGCAGCGCAUGACUCUAGAGCCGUAUAGUUUCUAUAUCCAGGUGGAUACCCCGGCGGGUAGCCUGCGCGGGCAGCUGGUGUUCUCCCCGCACCUGUUCAGCCUUGCCACGUCCAGGAACGUGCCCACGAGCUGUGCAAGCGGGGAUUGCAUGGCCAUUGUGGACCUUGAUAUCUCGCCCACCAACAUCGUGUACUCAUUUGCGUACUCAUCAGGGGUGGCGGGCAUCAUAGGCGCGUCAGUGAUCCAGGGAGUAGCAGGCUCGUCCGGUGCGCGCCUCUUUGACUUCUUCUGGCCGGGCGCCAACGCGCCCUCCUUCACCAAUGGCGUCACGCCACCUGUCACGGCCAUCCAGUCGCUGCUGACGGCGCCCCAAGCACACUACAUCUACUUCACCACGCAGCUCAUGCCAUUCGGCGCGCUGAGGGGCCAGUUCCAGGACACAAUGUACGUGACAGCAGUGAUGUACGGCGCCAGUGUCGUCAACUUCCCCGGCACCACCGCGACACAGGGGCAGGGGUCGGGCGCACCGGGCAUGGGCUUCUUUGAUGCUGUGCUGGGCGGGGGCGGCAUCUGCUACACCUUCCGCUUCUCCUCCUCUGUCAAGACUGACUGCAACUAUGCCUACCUGCACCAGGGCGAGUUGAACAAGCGAGGCCCCAUCUACCUGUAUCAGACGCUGCGCAUCAUCCCCGGGCAGCAGCUGUGCGUGCCGGCAGACCCCGACAUCACAGCCGCCAUGGCUCUGCGCCCGCAGCGCUUCUACGUGCAGGCCUACUCCCUGCAGUUCCCCUACGGCGCUUUCCGCGGGCAACUGCACCCGGAUAAACAGAGCAGCGGGCUGGCUGUCAGCUGA